AGCCCAUAGAGCCCAUGGCGCACGAAAAGCAUCGGCUCAGCAAGCCAUUUGAUUCCAUGGAGCUGAUCUCUCAGCCUGCGAAUCCCUUGAAGUGCCAGCCGGGGGAGCUGCUGUCGCCAGUGUGGCAACUCCGUGCAGGUGCCAAUCUGCCCCCAAACGCGGCGCUGCGGAAGGCCGGCGGCGAGGUCGUGACGGUUAUCGCCGACCCAGUACCUGCGAACUGCUGUCUGGAGCUUCAGCUUCAGCUGCAUGCGCCGGAGUUCGAGGGAGACGUGGUCCAGAACUUUGUCUUCACCAGCGAGGGCGAAGUCCUGAAAGAGCUGUCGCUGGUACUUUGCAUCAGGCGCUCGGCGAAGGAGCGACGUGCUGAGGCGCAUCCAGAUCUGGGCAUCAUCCCUGGCAGCCACACCAGGAGGAUCUACUUCGGCAAGCUCAAGUUGGACACGGACUUGCCCAGCAGCGAGUCGAUUGUUGCGCCUGAGGUGAUCACCACGAGGGGGGAGGAUGACUGGCAGCUGCUGGACGAGAAGUUGAUGCCACUGCCACCUCAGCUGCUGCAGAUCUUUGGCCCUGAGGCGCCGCUGCGUUUCAGCGUCAACGGCGAGGAGAAGGCCGUGCCGGCACACCUGCCCCUCACCAUGAGCCUGGCGGAGUAUUUGCGCUAUGAGCUGGGCCUCACUGGUACCAAGAUCGGGUGCGGAGAGGGGGGCUGUGGCGCGUGCACCGUGCUGCUGAAAGCACCCAACGCCAAGCCGCGGUUGGCCAAUGCCUGCCUGCGACCGCUGCACUCGAUGCAGGGGCUGGAGGUGACCACGGUGGAGGACGUGGGCACCGUGGAGAAGCCCCACGCCUUGCAACAAGCCUUCGUGAAGCACAACGCCUCCCAAUGCGGCAUGUGCACGCCUGGCAUGGUCAUGGCCAUCUAUGGGCAUCUCGCGAAGGGCGGCUCCAAGCAACCCCAGGAGCUUCAGGGCUGCAUCCAGGGCAACCUGUGCCGCUGCACAGGCUAUCGCCCCAUCCAUGACGCCAUGAAGGAGGCCGCAGCCCUGGAGGUGACGUGCUCCCCCGCCAAGGCAGCUGCGCCCAAGCCGAUGGUGUGGUUCCGUGAUGGCUCCUUGUGGUUCGACUGCACGAGCCUCAAGGAGGUUUUUGCUGCUCUGGGUCACUACGCCUCAGUGCCGCAUCGCCUGGUGGUGGGCAAUACCAGCACCGGAGUGACCAAGUACUACCCACCACACCCGAACGACGAGCCGAAGGUUUUCAUCAACCUCCAGAGCGUGGCUGAGCUGCGCAGCAUCCAGCGGACCGACAGCGGCCUCACCGUUGGAGCGGCGUGUACCCUGACAACCUUGAUCGAGGAGUUGGAGACGGCCUCCAAAGAGCGGCAGCAGCUUUUGCCGGUGGUGGAGCACUUGAAGCUGGUGGCGCAUCCGCAGGUGCGGGACGUGGCGAGCUGGGCCGGCAACGUGAUGAUCGCCAAGACGCACCCGGACUUUCCCAGCGACGUGUGCUUGCUUCUGAGCACUCUGAAAGCCAAGCUGACCCUCAUCGAUUCAGCGCAGAAGACGGAGCAAGUGGAUGUCAUCGAUUUCUUGUCCUCCAAGUUGCCAAGGAAUGAUCCGGCGCAGAUCAUUCACAGCGUCACCAUCCCCUUCCCAGGCGCAGAGACCUUCCUGGAUACAUUCAAGGUGAUGCGACGGCACAUGAACACCCACGCGGAAGUGAACGCGGGAUUCCUCUUCGAGUUCUCGGGCAAGGACGGGGUGAAAGUUGCCAACGCCAGGCUGGUGGUGGGUAACAUCGAGCACCAGCCCUUUGUUGCCUCGGAGACUGCCAAGGCCCUGCUGGGCAAAGAUCUGGAUAGCGUCACCAUCGACGCGGCCAAGAAGACGCUGCAAGCCGAGCUGAAGGCGCACCUGGCCCAGCCCACUGUGCCGGAGCCCCCCUUCGUGGUGGUGGACCCUCAGUACCGACUGAACCUGGCGCCGCAGCUCUUCGCCAGGGCGGCGCUGCGCGCGCGGCGCGCGCGCGGCCUGGCGCUCAGCGCCUCGGAGGCCUCCGCGGCGGAGGCGCCGCUGCGGCCGCCCGCGGAGGGCCACCAGCACUUCACGGUGGACAGCUCCACCGCGCCGCUGGGUCAGCCCCUGACAAAGGUCCAGGGCCUGGACCAAGCCUGCGGCACGGCUCAGUUUGUGGCGGACGCGCCACUGCUGCCGAAGACCUUGUUCGCCCUGCCGGUGCUCGUGCAGAAGCUGGCAACCCUGCAGCGCAUCGACGCCUCAGAGUGCCUGCAGGUGGAAGGUGUGCACUCCUUCCUCUCCGCUGCGGAUGUCAAGGCCAUAGGCGCGUCCAACGCAAUGAACCUUGCGUACCACGGGAAGAUCUUCGCCGACGCGGCGGAGAAGCCGGAACACCUGGGGCAAUUUCUGGGCCUGGUGCUGGCAGACAGCUUCGAGGCUGCCCGCACCGGCGUCCGCCUGGUGCAUGUUGAGUACGGCGAGGAGGUUGAGGCUACCGUGUCCACAGCAGAUGGCGUGCUGAAGGGCUCAGUGCAGGAGCGCCAUGGCGUUUUGAGCAUCGGGACGCACACCCCGGGCACCAAGUCCCUGCAAGGCAAGAUCUCCUCUGCUGGGCAGAAGCAUUUCUAUCUCGAGCCGCAGACCACCUAUGCUUACACCGACUGCAAUGGUGGGCUCAUCGUGAACUCCUCAUGCCAAGUGCUGGACUUGGCGCAGACGCAACUGGCAAAGACGCUGCAUAUGCCCAUGAGCAAAAUCAACGUGCAGAACCAACGUCUGGGCGGCGCCUACGGGGGCAAGGCCAUGCUCUUUGCCCCUGGCUGCCUUGCGGUGUGCAUCGCAGUGCUCAAGACCAAGCGUCCAGUGCUGCUGCAGAUGGAUAGGACCGCGGACUUUCAGGCCUUUGGCGCGCGUGCGCCCUUCGACGCAUCCUGGGACUGCAGUAUCCAAGACGAUGGCAAGAUCUGCAGCCUGAAGCAGGAAAUUCUGCAGAACGUGGGCACCGACAUGAUGGGCUUCUCGCAAGCUUCUAGCGUGAACUGCUACAACCUCCCCCAUGCGCAGCUGCACUGCAAAGGCGUCAUCACGAACCUGCCGUGCAACACCUGGAUGCGAGCGCCCGGAGACUUCGAAGGCGCCUUCAUUAUGGAGGCCAUCAUGGAGCAGGUGGCGCGCGCCGUGGGGCGAGAGCCGGUGGAGGUCCAGGAGUUGAAUCUGGAUGAGGCCAUGCAGAAGGCGUGGCAGCGACUGAAGACGAAGGUCUCCUAUGAUGAGACCCUGAAGUCUCUGAAGGACUUCAACAGCAAAAGCCGCUAUCGCAAGAAGGGCAUCUACUGUAUGGGCUCGCGGUACAAGCUGGAAGCCAGCACCUUCUUCGAGAAGGCUAUGGUGAGGGUCCACGUGGACGGCUCAGUGCAGCUGGAACACACCGGGCUUGAGGUGGGGCAAGGCAUGGACACCAAAGCGCUGCAGGCCUGCGCGAUGGAGCUCAAGAAGAUUGCAGGGGACUUCACCAUGGACAAGAUCCAAACUCAGCUGCCCAAGAGCACCAAGGAUUUCACUUGGCGAGGCGUCACGGGAACCUUUGGCAGCCUCACAUCAGAGACGGUGGUCAGCGCCAUCCUCGAGGCCUGCGGCAAACUCCAGAAGGAGAUGCAGCCGUGGGUCGCCGCGGGGCGCGGCUGGCAGGAGGUGGUGAUGCUGGCAACCAAGGCCGGCGCCGAGCUGACCCAGGCCGGCGUCACCGAGAAGGCCAAGGUGCAUGACUACAUGCUCUUCAGCGCUGGCUGUGCACAGGUGGAGAUUGACGUGCUCACGGGGGAGACUCAGGUGAACUCAUUCGACCUGGUAUACGACUGCGGGAAGAGCCUGAACCCUGCCGUGGACAUCGGGCAGAUCGAGGGCAGCCUCAUGCAAGCGCUGGGCUUCUCCCUCUUGGAGGAGGAGACGAGGGGCAAGGACGGGCGCCUCAUCAAUUGCGGCACCUGGGACUACAAGAUCCCCAGUGGCAAUGACAUUCCUGUGCGACUGGACGUGGAGCUUCUGCCCUGCUUGAAGCCGGAUGCUCCGGUCAUGGGCUCCAAAGCCUCCGGCGAGCCCGCCCAGUUGCUGGGUGGCGCUUUCUUCUACGCGGUGAAAGAUGCCAUUGGCUACGCGCGGGAGGAGCUCGGCCUGUCGAGGGUCUUCCGCAUGGAUCCCCCGGCCUCCCCCAGUAGGAUCCAAACCUUCUGCGAGCAGUGAUGCGCCGGAAAGCUUCCCGCACUGACGCGCCAGGUGUUCGACCCUUUUUUUGAGCUGGC